GUUGUAGUGUUGAGGCAUUAGUCUUCAUUUAACAUCCGCUGAAAGAUGUCUACAAAAUUCGUUUAUAUCUGUGCAGUGAUCUUAUUUUUUGAGACUCAUAAUGCGUAUGGAGCCGGUACACUCCGCUUCGCCGACUAUUAUCACAGUCAUAUGGUAUUACAAAUGGCUCCUGCGAGGGCUCAGCUUUGGGGAUAUGCUGCAACCGUCGGAGAUACAGUAAAUGUCAAGUUGAAUGGGACUAAUGUAGGAACUGCAACCGUCACCCGCCGACAUGACGGUCAUGCCGGUGGAAUAUGGUCGACAUUAUUACCUGCUCAAAACGCUGGUGGCCCUGUUACGGUAGAUAUACGAUCGCAUGAUGGUCACGUGGUUUUAACUGAUGUUUUAUUUGGAGAUGUUUGGGUGUGUUCCGGUCAAAGCAAUAUGGCGUUUACCUUAGGAGGUGUGCUAAAUCACAGUGUAGAGUUGGAGCAUUCAUCACAUUUUGACAACAUACGAAUCAUGAAGGUUGCUCUCAGGUCAUCCAAUGUUACAAAAGAAGAACCAGUUAUUGCAUUACCGUGGCGUAAAACUUUAGCAGAUAAAUAUACAAACGCCUUCUCUGCCGUGUGUCUGUUGUACGCGGAGGAGCUGUCCCCACAUAUUAAUAGACCAAUUGGCCUCGUAGAGACCGCUUGGGGAGGAACUCCUAUUGAAGCCUGGUCAUCUCCUGAUGCUUUAGCGAACUGUACACAUAGAAUGAAAAGAGGGCCCCGUCAACACAGCGUCUUAUGGAAUGCUAUGGUCUACCCGCUGCUAAAGAUGACCAUAUUUGGUGCAAUAUGGUAUCAAGGUGAGGCAAAUAUUCGACAUCCAGAUGAUUAUGCAUGCCAAUUUCCCGCUAUGAUUGAUGACUGGAGAGCAAAGUUCAACGCUGCGUCAAAACAUCAGACCAGCAAACAAUUCCCCUUUGGAUUUGUUCAAUUGGCUGCGAAUGCAAACAAAACUUUACAUUUUGGAUUUCCGGAUUUACGAUGGUCUCAAACAGCAAACUAUGGCUAUGUACCUAAUCCCCGUCUGCAAAACGUUUUCAUGGCUAUUGCUAUGGAUCUCCCUGACUACAAUUCUACACGCGGAACUAUACAUCCAAGGACAAGCAAGACGUUGCCAAGCUUUUGGCUCUUGCGGGCAGAGCAUUUCGCAUACAAAGAUCGAACCUAA